AUGAGUUUUGUUUUCCGCGGGACCAGAGCUGAAUUAGAUUUAGAAAAUGGCUUUCCUGGAUUCGUCCCUGAGCGCCGAGCAAUGCGAGUUCAUCCGACUCGGCCGGUUAAUUCCAACUCGCUUGUAUUCCUCGUCACAGUUCUAUUGUUGUUCAUGAUAUUGAACUCACACCAAAUGCCUCCCAAUUUCCUGCUAUGGCUGGUGCUUGGGGUAUUUUUGAUGGCCACAAUCUUGAGGAUGUAUGCAACUUGUCAACAACUGCAAGCUCAGGCGCAAGCUCAUGCUGCCAUUGCCAGCGGGCUACUUGGCCAUACCGAGUUAAGGUUGCAUAUGCCACCAUCCAUAGCUCUCGCAACCAGGGGACGUCUACAGGGCCUCAGACUCCAGCUUGCUCUCCUUGAUAGAGAAUUUGACGACCUAGAUUAUGAGACUUUGAGAGCACUGGAUUCUGAUGUUGUUCCCACCACAUCAAUGAGUGAGGAAGAGAUAAAUGCCCUUCCUGUUCAUAAUUAUAAGAUUUCUGGUCCUCAGAUCUCGGUUCCUUUAGUGCAACAAGCAUCAUCGUCCAUUCCUACGGAGCCAAAGCAGCAGCAGGAGACAUCAAAUAGGUUUGGUAGCUUGAAGGCUUCAGAAGAUGAACUUACUUGCAGUGUAUGCUUGGAGCAAGUGGAUGUUGGAGAAGUCAUACGUACCCUCCCAUGCCUGCAUCAGUUCCAUGCCAUUUGUAUUGACCCAUGGUUGAGGCAACAGGGAACAUGCCCAGUUUGCAAAUACAGGGCAGGAUCCAGCUGGGCUGAAAAUGAACAAGCUCUGGAUGCUGCAUACAUGGUUUAG